AUGUUGCAACAACUUAUCCUGACAAGAAAUCCAUCUUGAUGUAUGUGACAUCACUUUUCCAAGUCCUGCCCCAGAAGGUUACUCUAGAAGCCAUCCAUGAAGUUGAAACAUUGCCACAGGAAGUAAAGCACAUUAGAGAACAACAAAUCCAAUUACAUCCACAAUGGUUUUCUCAACAGCAUUUUGAAAGUCAAGAACAGAGGUUAUUUGCAACUUCACCCACGAGUUCAGAAACAAACUUAGAAAGCUACCAAACUGAAUUAGAAGAAGUCAUCUCAUGGCUUCUGUCUGCUGAAGAUUCAUUUCAAGCGCAAGGAGAGCUCUCCAGUGAUGUAGAAGAAGUUAAAGAACAGUUUCACAUUCAUGAGGGUUUUAUGAUGGAAUUAACUGCUCACCAAGGACGUGUUGGUGAUAUUUUGCAAGUAGGCAGCCAACUUUUGGGAACAUUUGGAAAGCUUUCAGAAGAUGAAGAAAAUGAAAUACAAGAACAAAUAAAUCUUCUAAAUUCACGCUGGGAAAAUCUCAGAGUCAGAAGUAUGGAAAGACAGAACACUUUACACCAAGUUCUAAUGGAUUUACAAAACCAGCAGCUCAGUGAGCUGUCUGACUGGUUAGCUAAAACAAAAAAAAGAACAGAAAAGAUGGAGUCAGAACCUUUGGGACCUGAUCUAGAAAGCUUAAAGAAGCAGGUGGAAGAACAUAAGACUCUUCAAGAAGACUUAGAACAGGAACAAGUCAAGGUUAAUUCACUCACUCAUAUGGUAGUUGUAGUAGAUGAAGCUAGUGGAGAUAAGCAUUUAGGAAACCAUUGGGCAACAAUCUGUAGAUGGACAGAGGACCGUUGGUUUAUUCUGCAAGAUGUUCUUCAAAAAUGGUUGCAAUUUAUUGAAGAACAGGGUCUUUUGGAUUCAUGGUUUACUGAAAAGGAAGAAUUUGUGACCACUCUGAAUACUACCAAUUUCAAAGACCAGAAAGAAAUGUUGGAAAAUCUACAAAAAUUGGCUAUCUUGAAAGGAGAAUUGGAAAUCAAGGGACAAUCAACGGAUAAACUGAAUUCCCUCAGCCAGGAUCUCCUCUCAGCAGUAAAAAGUAAAGGAUUAUCACAAAAACUGGAAGGGUGGCUACAAAACAUUAGUCGCCGCUGGGAUAGUUUGGCACAGAAGCUGGACGACAGUUCUAAGCAGAUUUCACAAGCUGUUGCUGCCACGCAAACAUCACUAACACAAACUACAGUAAUGGAAACUGUGACUAUGGUAACCACCAGAGAGCAGAUCCUGGUUAAACAUGGUAAAGAGGAGCUCCCACAAGUGCCACCUCCCAAGAAGAGGCAAAUUGUUGUGGAUUCAGAAAUUAGGAAAAGAUUUGAUGUUGAUACAACAGAACUUCACAGUUGGAUGACUCGUUCAGAAGCUGUACUACAGAGUCCUGAAUUUGCAAUAUAUAGAAAAGAAGGAAACCUAUCUGACCUCAGAGAAAAAGUUAAUGUCAUAGAAAGAGAAAAACCUGACAAGUACAGGAAGCUUCAAGAUACCAAUAGAUCAUGUGAGGCCCUCGUGGAACAGAUGGUGAAUGAUGGGCUUAAUGCUGACAACAUCAAACAGGCUUCAGAGCAGUUGAACAGCCGGUGGACUGAGUUCUGUCAGUUACUGAGUGAAAGACUGGCAUGGUUGGAGAACCAAAAUAACAUUAUUGCCUUCUACUCUCAGCUGCAGCAAUUGGAGCAGACAGUAAUUACUUCUGAAAAUUGGAUGAAAGCACAGCUCUUACUGGCAACAGAUCCUGAUGCAGUGAAAACACAGUUAGAUAGGUGCAAGGAUGAAGUGGUCCGCUUUUCAAGCAUUCAACCUCAGAUAGAAAAACUGAAGGUACAAGGCAAAGCACUAAAACAGAACCAGCAGUGCCCAGUGUUUUUGGAAGCAGAUCUUGUUGCCUUUAGUAAUCAUUUCGCUCAAGUGUACAAUGAUUUGAAAGCUAGAGAAAAGCAGCUACAAACAACUUUUGAUAUUUUGCCAUCUGCAGAGUAUAAAGAAAUUGUGAACGCAAUUCUCUUGUGGAUACAACAAUCAGAAACAAAGCUCUCCAUCCCACAAGUUACUAUCACAGAUUUAGAAACCAUGGAGAAAAGGCUCAGGGAGCUAAAGGCCUUACAAAGUUCUCUGCAAGAACGGCAAAAUGGAAUCAAUUAUUUAAGCACAACUGUAGAAGAGAUGUCUAAGAGAGUUCCUGCAGGGGUCAGUCAGAAGUACCAGUCAGAAAUUGAGGUAAUCCUUAAUCGUUGGAAGAAGUUAUCAACUCAGCUGGUGGAAAAUUGUCACAAACUUGAGGAACAGAUAAUGAAGUUGAAACAGUUCCAGAAUGAUACAAAAACCCUGAAAAAAUGGAUGGCUGAAGUGGAUAUUUUUCUAAAUGAAGACUGGCCAGCACUUGGAGAUUCAGAAGCCCUAGAACAAUGUACAGCUUUGGUGAAUGACAUCCAGACAAUCCAGCCCAAUUUAAAUAGUGUUAAUGAGAUUGGACAAAAAAUGAAGAAGGAAGCAGAGUCAGAGUUUUCUUUGAAAUUAAAUAAUGAUCUUAAAGCACUGAAUGCUGAAUGGGAUAAUAUUUGCCAACAGGCCUAUGCUAAGAAAGCAGUAUUGAAGAAUAGUUUGGAUAAGAUUGUAAGUCUACGAAAGGAUUUGUCAGAAAUGCAUGAGUGGAUUACACAAGCAGAAGAUGAAUAUCUGCAGAGGGAUUUUGAAUACAAAACACCAGAUGAACUACAGAAAGCUGUUGAAGAAUUAAAGAGAGCAAAAGAAGAGGCUCAACAGAAAGAGAUUAAAGUAAAAUUUAUCACUGAUUCUGUGAACAAUUUUAUAGCAAGUGCUCCACCUGCAGCUCAUGAGGCUUUGAAAAAAGAACUUGAUGUUUUAACUAAGAAUUAUCAGCGACUGUGCAGCAGGCUAAAUGGAAAAUGCAAAACACUGGAGGAAGUAUGGGCAUGUUGGCAUGAACUUCUGUUGUAUUUGGAUAUUGAAAACAAAUGGUUGAAUGAGCUGGAAUCAAAAAUCAAGGCAACAGAAAACAUUCAAGAAGGUACAGAAGAAAUAUCAGUAGCACUAAAUUCUCUGGAAACAUUAAGGCAGCAUCCAGAAGAUAAUCGCAAUCAGAUUCGUGAAUUGGCACAAACUUUAACAGAUGGUGGAGUUUUGGAUGAAUUGAUCAAUGAGAAACUUGAAAAAUUCAAUGUUCGGUGGGAAGAUCUACAACAGGAGGCUGUAAGAAGUCAGAAGUUUCUUGAACAAAGUAUCCACUCUGCUCAGGAGAUUGACAAAACCCUCCAAUUAAUUCAAGAGUCCCUGGCCUUCAUUGAUCAACAAUUAACAGGAUUUAUUACAGACCGGACUGAUGCAGCACAUGUACCUCAAGAAGCACAGAAAAUUCAAUCAGAGUUGACAAGCCAUGACAUUACCUUGGAUGAAAUGAAGAAAUGUAACUGUGGUAAAGAUUCUUCCAAAAGGAUAUUCUCUCAAAUUGAUACUGUGCAGAAAAAAUUGCAAGAUGUCUUUAUGAAAUUUCGCUUGUUCCAAAAGCCAGCCAAUUUUGAGCAGCGAUUACAAGAAAGUAAAAAUGUUUUAGAUGAAGUAAAAUUGCAAGUACCAAAGUUGGAAUGGCGAAAAAUUGAGCAGGAAGCAAUGCAGUCACAGCUGGAUAAUUGUAUGAAAUUAUAUAAAACUCUUAGUGAAGUGAAAUCUGAAGUGGAAACAGUAAUAAAAAUGGGGCGUCAGAUUGUACAGAAGCAGCAAACCGAAAAUCCCAAAGAACUAGAUGAAAGGCUGACAGCUUUGAAAUUACAAUAUAAUGAUUUGGGUGCCAAG